CUCUUCCUCUCUCCGUCUCACACUCACGGUCACUACAUCUCCUUCAUUCAAGAUGUCUCCCUCCAUCAACAUCAUCAUGCUGCUCGGCGCUGCGGUCGCCUGGGCCGAGAAUGCCCCCAUGGGUUACGGACCACCUCCAGCGGCCACCACCACCGCCGCCGCUGGCCCGCCUCCUGGAUACGGUCCGCCUCCUGCCUCCACCACUGCUGGUUCCAGCCCGGCCGACUGCGCAGCCACUUGCUUCGCGGCAUACCGUGAUUGCCAAACCAACCCACCUGAUUCCAACAAGUCGCUCUGUGCGUCCAACCUGGCUUCAUGCUUGGGCUACAACCCCUUCGACAACAGCGGAACCUUCGUCACCCCGACCGCAUGCUCGACCAGCGCGCCCGCCACUGCUACGGCUCCUGCACCAGCCUCUACCACUGCUCCAGCCGGCGACGCAGCCCAGUGCGCGGCGACCUGCUUCGCGGCAUACCGCGACUGCCAGACCAACCCGCCAGACUCCAACAAGUCUCUCUGCGCGUCCAACCUCGCCAAGUGCCUGAACUACAACCCCUUCGACAACUCGGGCACCUUCGUUACCCCAACUGCCUGCUCCGCAUCUUCCGCACCCGCUACCGCAACUGCACCACCCGCCACUACUACUCCAGCCGGCGAUGCUGCCGCCUGCGCAGCGACCUGCUUCAAGGCCUACCGCGACUGCCAGACCAACCCGCCAGACUCCAACAAGUCCCUCUGCGCGUCCAACCUCGCCAAGUGCCUGAACUACAACCCCUUCGACAACUCCGGCACCUUCGUCACGCCCACCGCCUGCUCCGCCUCCACCGCGGCCGCCACCGCAACCGCACCAGCCGCCACCACCGCUCCAGCCAGCGACGCAGCCGCCUGCGCCCAAGCUUGCAACGACGCCGACCACAAGUGCCGCUUCGCUCCGGACGCCAACAUGUCCUUCUGCGCCUCGGAGCUCGCCAAGUGUCUCGGCUACAACCCAUACGACAACUCCAACACCUUCAUCACCCCGACUGCGUGCUCGACUUCCGGCGCGCCCGCUACCGCCACCGCCCCAGCUCCAGCAGCCACCACCGCUCCAUCCGGCGAUGCUGCCGCCUGCGCCCAAGCCUGCAACGACGCCGACCACAAGUGCCGCUUCGCGCCGGACGCCAACAUGUCCUUCUGCGCCUCGGAGCUCGCCAAGUGUCUCGGCUACAACCCAUACGACAACUCCAACACCUUCAUCACCCCGACCGCGUGCUCGACGUCCGGCGCGCCGGCUCCUACUGGCGGUGCUAGUGGCACGCCAACUGGUAACAUGCCUACCGGUAACGGCAACAUGCCAACCGGUACCAUGAACAUGCCUACCCACGCUGGCAAUGCCACUGCGACUUCCACCAACCCUGCGCAGUACACCGGCGCUGCUUCGCUGCUCGAGAGCUACGGAUCGUUCGUCGCCGUCGCUGCUGGUGCCGUCGCGAUGAUGGUUUGA